AUGACCUAUAACGAAGGAUAUGAAAUCCUGGAAAAGAUAACAGUAAACAAUGGGCACUGGACUGACCCACGUGCUCAAUCACAGAAAAAGACUGAUGGGAUACAUGAUGUAGAUGCAUAUACUGCAUUAACAGCUCAGCUGACCUCCAUUACCAACAUGUUGAAAAAUUUAACUUUUGGUCAGGAAGAACAGCAAGUUGCUAAUACACCAGUCCAAACAGUCCUAUCUGUGCAAUGUGUGUGCUGUGGUGGGGAACACAUAUAUGAACACUGUCCUCACAAUUCUGAAUCAGUAAACUAUGUUCAUAACCGAGCUAAUCCAUAUUCCAACAAUUAUAAUGCCAGUUGGAGACAACACCCGAACUUUUCCUGGAACAGUCCAAGUUUAAAUCCACCAGUCCAUAAGCAACAAGGAACUUUCAAUUUCCAACCACAACAUCAUGGAAACAGUUCCAACUCUCAGACUCACCAACAAAGUUUUCAGAAUUCACAACCACCUUUUCAGAAUAAACCUCCUCCACAGUCAGAAUCAUCUUCUUUGGAAGCAAUGAUUAAAGGACUAUUUGCACAUGCACAAGCACAAAACCAAGCUUUGAUAAAUCAACAAAGUGCAGCCAUCAGGAAUUUAGAGACUCAAGUCAGUCAACUCGCAGUUAACCAGAACAAUCGAGCCCUUGGUACCUUGCCCAGUAAUACAGAGGUCCCUAAAAACCUAGGUAAGGAACAUGUGAAAGUAGUGACCCUUAGGAGUGGCAAGAAGUUGAAAGAAAAAGUGCCCAAAGUUAGUGCACCAAUUUUGACAGAAGCUGAUGCUACAACAUUGGUUCCUGGAAAAGAAAGACCGGUCCUACCCUUAGAGAAACAGGCAUUAGAGACCACCACUUCUGUCCCCUCUAGAUCAGACUUUCCAUUACUCUUUCCUGAGGAUGCUCUAAAAAAGUCACAAGAAACUGAGGUUUUAGUGACCCCUAAGCUUGAUGCUAACAUUUCAUCUGAACCUCCAAAGGGCACCACAAAGACCCAAGGCAUUCAAGACCCGUCUUGCUCAACACCUCCAAGUAAGAAUGCAAUUGAGCAAAUGUCUAGUUAUGCCAAGUUUCUGAAGGACAUCCAAAGCAAGAAGAAGAAGUUGACUGAAUAUGAGACAGUAGCCCUAACCGAAGGAUGUAGUGCGCUUUUGACCAAUAGCAUACCCCCUAAGCUAAAAGAUCCAGGGAGUUUUACCAUUCCUUGUUCAAUAGGAGGGAAGGAGAUAGGGAAAGCCCUAUGUGACUUGGGAGCUAGUAUCAACCUUAUGCCCUUGUCCGUUUUCAAUACCCUAGGCAUAGGAGAAGCUAGACCAACCACAGUCACACUCCAAUUGGCCAACAAGUCCAUAGCAUAUCCUAAGGGAAAAAUUGAAGAUGUUUUGGUACAAGUUGACAAGUUCAUAUUUUCGGCGGACUUUAUCAUUCUAGAUUUUGAGGUAGAUAAGGACAUUCCUAUUAUCUUAGGAAGACCAUUUCUAGCCACUGGAAGAACUUUGAUAGACGUCCAAAAAGGAGAAUUGACUAUGAGACUCCAAGACCAGAAAGUAACCUUUAAUGUCUUCAACUCUCUAAAGUACCCUGAUUACUUGGAAGAAUGUUCAAGAAUAUAUGAGAUAGAGAAAAUGUGCUUUGAAGAAGGAAUUUAG